AUGACGAUUACCUCCGUGCAGCGCCUCCUACCAGCUCGCAUUGCAGCCAAUGCCACUGAGCAAAGAGCUGAGAAGCCUCCUCCACAACUACACGGUGUACAAGACUUUCCAUUCAAGGGCUAUCACCCUCCGCAGCCUGAGGGAUAUCAGCAGAGCCAGGCCCAUCCCGGCACCAGUGCCAUCGUUAUUGACAAUGGUGCCCACCUCGUCAAGGCUGGUUGGUCUUUUGACAAAAACCCCCGAUUCGCCAUACCUCCGGUCAUGAGCCGAUACCGUGAUCGCAAGCUCAAUCGCCAGUGCCAAUUUAUCGGAUAUGAUGCCUACGUCGAUGCGACUACGAGAGGACAGUUGCGCAAUGGUUUUGAUCCCGGUUCCAGUGUUGUCGGUAACUGGGAUGUCAUGGAAGGCGUGUUAGACUAUCUGUUCAUCAAGCUGGGCGUGGACGGCGCAAAUGGGAGCGUCGGUCGCCCGAUCUUAAUGACGGAGCCAAUCGCCAAUAUGCCAUAUUCAAGGAAGAUGAUGAACGAAAUCCUCUUCGAGUGCUACUCUGCGCCGUCGGUGGCCUACGGUAUCGAUUCCCUUUUCUCCUAUCGCUAUAAUGGUGGAACGGAUGGGUUGAUUGUGGAUUCCUCGCAUACGUCUACUCAUGUCAUUCCGGUCAUGAACUCGAAACCCAUGCUCUCCAACAGCACUCGUCUCAACUGGGGUGGCCUGCAGAGCGCUGAAUACCUGAUGAAGCUCAUGAAGCUGAAAUACCCGACCUUCCCGACUCGUUUGACGGACGCACAGAUGGAGGAAAUGGUUCAUAAGCACUGUUACGUCUCACAAGACUACGAUCGCGAGUUGAGUGGGUUCCUCGACUGGACAGGACUCGAGGACCGUGACCGCGUCAUUCAGUACCCGUUCACAGAGCAUAUUGUUCAGGAGAAGACGGAGGAAGAGCUCGCGCGGAUUGCGGAGCGCAAGAAGGAGAGCGGUCGCCGGCUUCAAGAACAGGCCGCAAGGAUGCGACUUGAGAAACUAGUGAAGAAGGAGCAAGAGCUGGAGUACUGGAAAGAUCUGCAAUAUAAUCUAUCCAACGAGACUAAGAAGGAGAUUCGUCGCAUCCUAGAAGCAGAGGAUUUGAAAGACGAGGCUGCGCUUGAGAAAUUGAUUCGUGAGCUAGAGAAAUCUAUCAAACGCUCGCGCAACAAGGAUCUAGGCAUCGAAGAAACCGAGGAGCAGCCUGAGGAAAUGACAUUCCCUAUGCUUGAUAUUCCAGACGACCAAUUGGAUGAGGCUGGACUGAAAGAAAAGAGGCACCAGCGUCUCAUGAAGUCCAACGUCGAUGCCAGACUGCGUGCCAAGGAAGAGAAGGAGCGCGAAAGGGCUCGUAUCGAGGAAGAGGAGCGUUUGGACCGCGAGACACGUGAGAACGAUUUCGAGAACUGGAUUGCAAAGCGUCGCAACAAUCGCCAGAGCAUUCUACAAAGAAUCAAAGACCGUGACCGCUUCACGGCUGAUCUGGGAAAUCGCAAAUCUCUCGCCAGUCAGAUGCGUAUGAAGACGCUGGCCAAUCUAGCCUCCGACGGUCCUAAGAAACGCCGUCGUGGUGGAGAUGACGAUGACUUCGGUGCCAAUGAUGAGGACUGGGGUGUUUACCGCACUGUAGCUGUUGGCGAGGGCAGUGACGAUGAAGAGGAGGAGGAUCUCAACGGUAUGCUCAACUCUGUGGAGAAGGAGCUCCUCGAGUACGAUCCCGAAUUCAACGAGAACAACACUUUCGCCGCACAGUCCGACUGGACAAAGAGUCUUGUGCACGCGUUCCUUCGCGGGCCCUGGCCUUUUGACCCAGAAAGCCAGCGGGAGGCGCACCAGCUCCACCUGAACGUGGAGCGUAUCCGUGUGCCUGAGGUUGUGUUCAAGCCGUCCAUUGCUGGCCUCGAUCAGGCUGGCCUGAUCGAGAUCGUGGCCGAUAUCAUUAACCAACGCUAUUCCAACCCAGCAGACCAGUCCCUUCUUUUGAAGGAUGUGUUCCUGACUGGAGGAAAUACAUUGUUCACUGGUUUCGAUGAACGUUUCCGUAAGGAAGUCCGCGGGUUCCUACCCAUCGAUGCUAGACUGAAUGUACGCAAGGCAUCGGACCCUGUCUUUGAUGCUUGGAAGGGUGCGGCGCAGUGGGCUUCCGGUGGUGACCUCGCCCGAUCCUCGGUCACACGGCAAGAGUACAUGGAGAAGGGCAGCGAAUAUAUCAAGGAGCAUGAACUUGGCAAUGCUACAUGGUAA